AUGUAUGGUCUUGCAAGGCAGUCUGGACACAGGCCCAAUUUGGGCAAAAAAGAGGCCAAGAGGGCUUGGCCAAUCCCAAACCCUGUGUGGCACCCUCUAAACCCAACUUGGCCUAUACCCAACCCUUGCUUGGCACCUCCCAAAGUUAAAGGGGGUUGGGCCCAUGCCACACUUGGCCGAGCCCAGACAAGUGUGCCACCCACUCCAAACUUGACCUCACCACCAUCUGAACAAGAGAGUGUGCCAACUCAACAUACCUGCCCAUUACCCUGCCACCCACCUCAGUACCCAUGGAAACUGCUUGGGCAGGCUUCUACUUGUGAUUAUCACUGCGCAGAAGAACUCGGAAGGGCUCCCGACUUGCAUUUAAACGACUCCCAAAUAUUGGAGUUCCAACUCCCAAAUAUUUGGGACCUCGCUAAGACCCCCUGCGGACCGUCCGCAGGCCGUCCACCCCCGGAGAUGGGAGUCAGACCUCCCAAACCUUCAACAGGUUUGGGAGUCAAUCAUCCCAAAAAAAAAUAA